UCGUCCCGGCAAGGACGUAGAGAAGCAACAAUGUGAAGAGGUGUAUAUUAUGAAGUAGACAAGUAAAGGUACAGCCCUGUAAUGCUAACCACGUGCACGUACAUCUUCGAAAGUUAAAUGGCAUGUGUAUUUAAUGUUCUAAAGAUGAUGUUUCAUAGCAAGCCCUGGUACGUUAUUUGUCUGGUAGAAUUAAAUAUUCUGCUAUAGCUAUACAGUGCUUAAUUUGUUGGGUUUUGCUUUUCUGAAGUAGCCUGUUUAAAAGAGUUAAUUUCAGAUAACUGUAGAUACUAUACGUUGAAAGAUACUAGAAAUUAUCAAAAGUUAAUGUAUUCAUAUUGUGGCAUAAUGAUUGCCUUGGAGCAGUUGUGUGUAACAUUCAACAUGAGAUAUCCUAUUCUGCUAUCAUUUACAUGAUAUAAAUUGAGUAAGUCACUAAGUAAUCUCUUUUUUUACAUUACUUUACAGUGCAUCAUUUGGUCUGCAGAGCUGCCUACAGAGAAACACAGUAUUUCAGCAAUUCUAGGCUUUUUAUUACAAGCGUUUCCAUAUGGUGGUUCAGAUGGGAGAAGAUUCUUAAUUUCAACAUCAUGCAAUUUCUUCUCAAACAAAUGCCAGAGCUUAGUUAAAACCACACACAGCUAAUUCCUGACAGAGUUUGGCUUGUAAAGUUACAUUUUUUAAUUUAAAAUAUUUUUUGGAGGUACUUUUUGUGAUGUUCUUUUCCAUGCAAUAUUUAGUUAAAGUCUGAAAUUCACUGGCACAAUAUAAUAUAGAUAACAAGUCUGCAUGCGUUCAAAGAGUCAAAUAAGGCAAAUUCAUGACAGAAAGCAUGUCAAAGAUUAUUAAAAACACAGGUACUGUAACAGGGCUAGAUGCUCAAGGUUGCUGGUCAUGAGCUGUUGGAAUCUUAGGGGAUUCCUUACUGAGGAAAUAAUGCAAUACCCUGUUCUAAACUCUUCUUUAGCCUUCUGCUGUUCAUCUCUGUCAAAGGAAAGCUAGCUGGCGAGACCUUUGAUCUGAUCUAGUUACAUUCUUAGGCUGCUCAGUAAGUACUAGAUUUUCAUCAGAAGCAGAGAUGGAGAAGAGAUACGUUAAGCCAUUAUUUUUUGGCAAGAAUUAAUGACAGCACAGAAAACAGAUGCAUUGUGUCAUCGGAUAUUUCUUUAUCGUCUGCUGUCUCCUACUCCCCCUAAAAUACUUACUUCUACUUCUCAGUAGAUUUACUGCUCCAGUGAUUUGAUUAUGAGUGCUUUCUAGGAACAUUUAAAUCCAAAUAGGUUGAUUGAAACUCUUAUUCAGAGAAUUAAGAAUGGAAAUUAAUUUAACACAAGUUAUCUGUUCAUGAUCAAUUUCUAAACAAAAAGUUGCAUAGUGUCUAUAGAUAACACUUCCAGUUUGUCUAAAUCUCUUUGCUGCCUAGAAAUUUUGUUUCUCCCCUUUGUUGCUCUUCUUUAUACGCAUUCCUGGCUUUAUGUUAGUAUGCAGCUUGGGGAUAAAUGGAAUGUGUAUGCCUAGUCUCCUCAGAGUCAUACAUGACUCUGAGGGUACAUCAUGAGAUGGGACAGCAUCUGCAGCACAGAUGGUGCAGUUGGCCUUAAGCUCCCCUGAGAUACUUAGCAUAGAGCAAAAGGAAAGGAGCAGUAGAUGAGAAAAUGAUACAGAAAACCAUUUUUGUUCUCUCUUACAUGUUAAAAAAAACAGACUACAGAAAAGCCCUUUGAGAAGGAUAAGCUCAUAACACAUGAAGUAAGAUGUUUGAAUCUGCAAACCAGAGCACAAAAGAGUCAGGAGGAGUGCUUCUUCCAGAGUCAAUAUGUGCAGAGUUUCCACAUCUUGAUUUUUAUAUCGGGAGACACUAGUCCUACCUCUGUCUGGGAUUCUGCCAAAGAACAUCAAGAAGAAGUGGCUGGACUGUAGCUGAGUCAUGCAUUAAGAGAUGUUCAGGCUUUGAAGAACGCUUAUGAGUUGAUCAAAUCAGCCAGUCAAGGAAAAUCUGCACUUGACUCAUCAGAUAACUUCAGCACGGACUUAUAUGUUUUAUGUGCUGAACAAGCAUUUCAGCUGGGAUAUCUGGAAAUGAGCAGUGACUGUCUACAGAUGUAUUUUAAAGCAAGAUUUCCUGUGAACCAGUUUCUUGGCAGAGCGUAUUUGUGCCAAGGCCAGUUGCACACUCCACUCUCUACAGAUAAUUUGGAAGAGUUUGAAAAGUUUGUGCUCUUUUUUAUGAAGGCGAUAGACUUUGCCAGCCAUGAUCGAAGAUAUUAUUUUUUGAUAUAUAAUGCCUCAGUUCUUUACUGGCAACUUGUGAGGCCAUAUCUUAAGCCUGGAUUCCGCUAUUGUCUUAUUCCCAGCCUUUCUCAGAUUGUUAAACUGUUAAACCAAACUGAAGAGCAGGACAAUGAAUGGAGAGCAGAACUCAUGAUAAAUUUACUUGAGUGCUUCCUCGAUGCUUCAAAACUGAAAGAAGCAAAAGAGUUUUCAUCUACUGCAGCAAUCUUUAUUAAGGAGAAUGUUCCAGAUAAAUACUCUCAGAUAUUUUCUCUAAUGGUAUAUCACAAACUAAUGGAUAUUUCCCAGGUAGAGAAGGAAAUACAAAAUUCCAUCCAUUUUCUGGUUAUUUAUAAAAUGCAGAUGUUAAAAUUGCAGUGGGACACAAAUGAAUUUCCAAGUGAUGCCACCGCAAAUCUGAAUUCUUUAUAUGUACUUUUGAAACAAUAUGAUGUACCUCCAGCGUCUGUUCUCAGUGUGAAGAUUCCUUUGAUUCUGGAAUUAGCUCGUUUUUCUAUGAAAGUAAACUGCAUUAAGCUUGCAUAUGAUUGUAUACUUGAUUUGAAGAGAGCUGGGAUUACUGAGCAAGGGAAACUUAUUGAAAUAGAAUGCCUGGAAUGUGAAUAUGAAGUAAAAAAAAUCGGCACUAAAAUUGUGGCGUAUACCAAAGGAGUCGUCGAGACUCAGCUGGAACUGAUUAAAAAUCUUGAGUUAACCUUAAAACAUGCAGUUCAGUUGGGAGAUCCUGAAGUGAUUCAGGUUGUUUCUGCAACCCAGUGGAAUCUGUGCUUACCACUACUACAACACAAUUUGCAUCAACAUGUGCGAAAGCCAUUGAUAUCUGUUGCUGAUGUCCUUGAAGAGAUUGACAGCAUGUUGACUUUGUUGCGUUGCCAAGUUCAUAUGGAAAUAGCUCGUAUUGAAGAAGAUGGGGAUAGAAUAGAGGCUGCUGUGGAACAUUUGCAAAAAGCUAUACAUCUAAACAACGGUGGGCAGUAUCAAGAACAUCUAAGAUUGAUUUUUAACCGUCUUCAUUUGCACACAAUGCUGUAUAAGUCACCUGAGUGUCUAGAGGAUCAGGCAGUAAUGAUGAUUGAACAGGCUAAAAGGGGAAAGCAGAAGGAUAAUGUGAGGAGAAAGAGGUCCCUUCUGGUAAAUGCAGGUCUUGCACUAGCUCCUGAUUCAUUUCAAAUAGUCCUUGACAGUGAAAAUGAAGCUAAAGUUUCCUCAGGUAAAACUAGGAGUCAAAUAAGCUACCUCUGUGCAAAAGCACAACAUCAUAAUAAAAGCGUGGAGAAAGUUGAUGAACAUUUGGAACACUUAAGAAAUGAAGGUGACAGAGAGAGAAUUAUACUUUGGGCAGAUUUGGCAAAAGUUGCACGUAAACAAGAAGUAUGGGAUGUCUGCCGCGCAGCAUGCAGAUUUUGUCUCUUGUAUGAUGAUACUUUGUUUAGGAAGGUAACAAAAUCUAAAAAAACACAGAAGAAGAAAGCUAGUACAACUACGAUAGAUGAUGAUCAAGGUGACAGCUUACCAGGAGAAUCAUUACUACCUGCUAAAUCCUUCUCUUUUGAAAGAGAUUUACUCAGAAUAUUAGCAGAAAUAAGAUUCAUUAAUGCAGAGGCAACUGUUCAUUUAUUAAGAUUGCAGGGAAUUGAACUGAAUGAUCAUGCUGUACCUCCAGAAGGUACGAGCCAGUGUCGUCCAGGAUAUGGUUCAUAUCUUCCUGAAAGCGAUCCAGAAUGGAAAACAUACAGUUUAUGGAUAGACUACUUAUCUUGGUAUGCUAUGGAAAACUUCCAACGUGCAGCCAAAAUAGGAGAAGAACUGAAUGAAGCCUGGAUCGUUCACAAUGCUGUGGUGUAUAUCUUAAACUACAAUAGACAUCUUAUCUCUUCAGGAAGACAGAGGGAAAUUAUUGAGUAUCUGCAGACUCUUCUUGGAGCCAUCAAGACUGUUGGGCACGAUGGAAGUACUGUGAUUUUAUUGAUGUUAUGUAAUGCAUUGGCUCGGGGCUUAAUUCUUUGUUGGAUUCCAAAGCCAGAACUUGCUGAGGAAAAAAAAAAAGAUGCAGCAACAGACAGAAGCAGAAAAGCUGCAGCAAAGAAACAUGAAAAAGCAAAUGUCAUCCAGCCUUUUUCAGUAGAUCCCAGUGGACUUCCUGAUAUCAAAGCUGCCUUAGAGAUUUGUGAAUUUGCCCUAAAUGUGACAACUGGAACCAUACCUAAUGAAACAGUACCUGUUGCUGCACAACAACAGAUCAUUGCUACGUGGGUGAAAGCAAAACAGUUAAAUCAGCAGCAGAUCAGCUGUAAACUUGGGACUGAGGAGGAGAAUAAUGAUGAAGCACAAAAUCCUAUGGCAAGAAUUCUUGUUGGUCUAGAAAUGUAUUCAUGUAAUGGCUUGGGUCUCAUGGAUUUCACUGUUCCUAGCUUACCUCAGUUAGUGAAAUUGGCUUUAGAAUGCAGUUGGUCAGAUUCCUUAGUGGAAUUGCAGACGCUGACACGACUAACAUAUUUUGCAUAUGUAUCACAUGACUAUGAAAUAGUGAUGACUUGUUCUAAAAGGAUCUUGCAAUCAGAUGAGAAUUUUUUCCACAAUACAAAUACUAAAAAAUACGAAAUGCCUGGUAACAGACUGAGACAAGAAAUGUUAAGCACUACUGCCUGUAUACAAGGAAAGAGUAUAAUGGAACAUUUGCCUGGAAGAAAACCUUUGCGUGUAGCAGCAUCAAAAGCCUUUGUUCAGAGUGCCAGGUACGCAGGUGAAGCCGGAAAUUAUUCACUUGUAAUGUUUGCAGCUAGACACUUUUGGAAUACAUGUUUACCUUUGCUAGGUUCUCCACAUGACAGAGAGCAUUUUAAAGAACCUACUGAAACAAUUCUUAAGAGUAUAAUUAAAGCAGAAUCUAAAAAUAAACAGGAGAAGAAAGAUAUGUUGCCUUUACAUCAGUGGAUUACAAAGGAUUUUCAAAGUAUUGGGUUUUCAGUUGAAUGCUGUCUCCCAGGUGCUGAGGAAGAUCUGACAUUAAGAACCUCCUUAUAUGUGUUAUUAUUCCACAUACAUGCUGAUAAAGCUGAUUGGGAGACAGCACUAAAAGUCCUGGAUGAAGCUAUUCAAGUUUUGCCUCAGACAAGACACAGGCUCCUGAUUUUUAAACAUAUGGCUAUAGCGAAGGCAAGAUUGGGAUGCAAUUUUCUGAUGGACAUUCAGAAGUUCAGAGAUGAAAGUGAAGAUUAUUUGUCACAUAUGUGUCACUGUUUGGUAACAGUCUCCAGAAGUAUUGUUGGACAGUUAAGCUGUUUUCAAAAUGCUGUCAUUGCUUUACAGAAACAAGAAAAUGAAUGGCAGAAAGUUGAUUAUCUGCUGGAAUUUGCUGAAUGGUUAUAUUGUAAACAGUUUCCCCUCAAUGAUGUCAUUAAACCUCUGGACUGGGCAGUAGAUCUCUUGCUAUAUAGAAAAUUUUCCAUGCAAUCCUCACAAGCAGAAGACGAGACAGAUCAGACAAGUACUUCUGGUGUUUGCAUUGAAAAAGAAAAAAAUAGUAUACCAAAAUUUUCGCCUACAGAAAAUUUGAAGAUAGCCAUUGGAGCAAAUGAUACCAUGCCUCAAAUUAAUUUGGAAGAUUUGAGUAAUAUUAAACAAUUGGAAGCUUUGUUUAGAGCACAGACGUUAAUGGCUUUAAUUUCUGGUCAUAGUUCUCCUUUUCAUCAGCAGCACUGUUUGAUGGCAUAUGCUUGUAUCAUCCGUAUCUGGCAGGUAUCAUUGUCAGCAUCAGGACCUAUUACAAAAGUAUUAUCAAAGUCUUCACAGCUUGCAGCUCCUCAGAAGGUACAGUCAAUAAUUGCUCCUAAAAAUGAGAAGGACAGACAGAAAAAGAAACAAGUUCAAGUUUCUGUUGUGAAAGAGAAACCUAAAAGGAAAGGAUCAGUUGAUACCUUACCGGCAAAUGUGGAAGAAUGGGCUUAUUAUGACUGUCCCAGUGAAAUCAGAGAUACUUUUAAACAGAAAACAAAUAGUUGCGGUAUUAACUGGGAUAAUUUCCCCAAACCUACUUGCACUUUGUAUUUUAUGGACCUUUUAUCUAAAGAACUACAGAAAAUUUUUUGCCCCCACUUGAUUCUUCCCAUCUUUCAGCUAGCUGAAGUUAUUGCUAAUGAAGUUGUGGAAUGUAGAAGUCUGUCUGAUCUCUAUCACCUUCGAAUUGCCCUGAUAUGUUCAGACCUAAAAUUGAGUCAGGCAUCUUUGUAUCAUGAGAAAGCUGCUGGAGAAGCAUACAUUAGUGAAUUAGAACAAGCAAUGUGUAGGCAAGAGAUUGCACUGAAAAAAGGAAAAGAAGUACACACUAAGACAGAAGAAAGAAAAACAUUUUUUGAAAAUGCUCAGCUGAAUGGUAGUAGGGUUGAGAAUAUCCCUACUUCAAGUGAAAAGGUUUUUGAGUUAAAUGUGGUAACAGGAAAAGGACUGAGUGCACUUUCUUUCCCUUACUUGUGGAUAGAAAAAGCUGAAGUACUAAUUCAGCUAGGCUUGUACCAACCAGCAAGACUUCUCCUUUCAGAGGCCCAUGCUGCAACUCAGGAAUUGAGGGCCCUGUAUGAUGUGUCAAGGUGCUUGUACUUAUUUGCUGUAUUGGCUAACCUGGAAAGAAACCAUGGACAAGCUAAAGCAUUCCUUGAGAAAGCACAGCUUCUAGGAGGAAAUGAACAGUUUUGGUACAACAGUACUCUUAGUCUAAUAGAUGCAAUUCUAGAGGAAGAGGGGGAAGGAAAAUGGAGCAUGGCUUGUGAGAUACUGGAACACACUGUAAAUGUGCUCAGAUCUACUUUACUGAAGAGACCUAACAGACAGUCAGAGUUGGGUUUUAUAAUUGCAUCCCUUGAAGCCAGGAAAACACUUAUUCAGGUACAUUUUACCCAAGAUUGUAUGACAAUUAAUGCUGAGUCUUGUCAGUUGCCACAUAUGCUACAGGAAUCUUACAAUAAAUUAGUUCAAAUUGAGAAGGACUUCUUUCAUUAUGGGCAUAAAAACUGCAGUGCUGAGAUACUGCUAGAAUGUGCAAAUAUUCACAGGAUGAUUGCCAAGCAGGAAAGAAACGAGGAAGAAAAACGUAGUCACUAUCUGAAUGCUUAUAACUUAGCUCAGAGAGCAGUAUCCAAAACAGAGGAAGUGUUUCAUAAUGUUUGUAGCUUAUUUGCAGUUAAUGAGACUACAAAUAUUAGUAUCCCAUUAAUGAGGCAACUAGCUAAUAGGAAAAUAAAUCUUGUAGAAAUUCUUUUGGAUAUUUUUCAUCUUGUUAUAACUGAGAAAAAACUUAAAGAAGUGGGAGAAGCAUCAUCUCAUAAAAUUGUGGAGGCAUUCAUCAGGGAAACUAUUGAAGAUGGUAUAACAGAACAGGAUUGGAAGCAUAUGGAAUGCACUGUGGGUCAUAUUACACUGGCUCAGUUAGCAAACAUACAGAAUCUUUGUAAAGGCUGUCCUGACAUCAAAUCCAAAUACCUAUAUCUCACUGGAAAAACUCUUCAUUUACUUGCCAUUAAUAUAGAUCCUGUACAUUCAGAGAUUUACUGGAAGCCAAAUGUUAUGGAAGAAGCUAAAUCAGACAUCGCAAAAACUUCCCUGACUUCAGCAGAAUGCAGUGAACAGGAAGUGAGAGACAGCAGUUUACUGACUAAUAAAUGUCAAUAUGAUAAGUAUAGGAGCAAAAUACAGGCAUUAAAGAAGGAACAUAGGUUGACUCAGAAAUAUCUUUCUCAAUCCAGUGAAGCUUUGCUACAGUGUAUGGGUAUUGCAUUCAGUCAUAAUAUUACUGAUGUACUGGCUCCUGCUAGUUUUGAAAUGGUCGAAUGCCUUCAACAAUUUGAUCCAGUUUCAACUAGCCAGUUUUUGGCACUUCAUCAGAGCUGUUCAGCAUCUAUGAUGAUGAAGAGUAUCCUUCUAACAGCUACAUCUAACACCAGCAGCUCUCAGCUGGCAGCAUUACUGCAUCUUCAGAAUCAUUUAAAACAAAACAGAAACACAAGUGAUCUUCUAAAAAAUGUGGAACAGCAACUGACUGCUACUUCAAUGGCAUGGAGAAAUCUCUGUAUUCCUGUUGAACAUUUUAAUAUAAUGGAUGAAUUGCCGUCUAAUUUCUACAUAAUUAUUCUUCAGCAUUCAGAAGACAGAUCAAAUUUGUACAGUUCAUUGAUUGAGAUGCCAAAAGUAAGUACUGCGCAGCAAAAAGGAAAACCCACUCAACCAAAGGUGCAAGCUAAAGUUUCUCGAUUUCCUGUGAAUCCUGAUACAUUUUGUAUUUUGUUGGAAAAAGUGCGUCUUUACAAGCAGCAGAAGAUGAAGAGUCAUCUUAAACAGACUGUCAUUCAAAACUUGCAAGAAUGUGUCUCCAAAACAGAUAUGACUCCAACAGAGAAAAUAGAUCAUAAUGGAUAUGAUUUGACAUCAGAUUUCUCUGAAAUAUUAGAAAUUAUGGAAGAAUAUCUGAAACCAGUGCUGUCACAGUUUGAUUUUUCUGAUACCAGAGAACAGAGCACAUCAGUUUCAGCAGCUGAAUCAGGAAAAAGAAAAUUGAAAGGUGCACCUAUGGACUUAGGAUUGUGUGUGGUAUUACUAGGAGAUACAUUCUUUAUGGAAUUGCCUUUGGAAGCUCUGAGUAUCUUUAAAGGGGAAGGAAUUAGUUCUGUAUCCAGAGAUUUUUCUCUCCAGAUCCUCUACAAUCGAAUACAUCUGGCUGAGUCAGAGACUGAAGUUAAAACAGAUGUUGAAAUAUCUAAAGAAACAAAACCAAAAGCUCGUCAGAAAAAGAAUGUCAAAACGGCACCAAUUAAUAGUGAUUUACCCUGUAAUUGCUUGCCUGUUGAUACUCAUAAUUUUAAAUAUAUUGUGGACCCCUAUAAUGAAGGAAGACAGGCAGGAACUUUAAGUCCUUCUCAAAAAAUAAAGGAAAUCCUAGAAAAAUACCAUUACCUAUUUACACUACAGUGGGAAGGAAUUAUUGGCAACAUAUGUGUUCCAAGCCAAGCUGAAUGGGAGCAGCUGCUGACAAACUGCAGUGCAUUUCUCUUCUAUGGGAUGGAGAGAUUCAUGUCUCAUAUUUUACUCAACAGACUGGUUGCUAUGAACAUUCCAAAAUGCCAUUUGAUGAUACUUCUAGAUCUGGUACGAUCAAAGCAAAGUUAUCAAAGAAUUACAAACUCUGGUAUGCACAAAAGUUAUCUACGGCUUGGUAUAGAGAGACCAACAGAGACAGCAAUGCUUCUAAGCCUUACUGGUGUUCGUUCUAUAAUAGCCAACCAGUGGUACACUACCUUGCAAGAGAAUGCAGAAAGGCUAGAAAUUUUGUCUGAGAAUUUGUUGAGCAUUGGAAGAACAACUGGGCAGACAGUCCAUAUUCUUCAAAAGAAUAAGAUUCACAGGGAAAGGGAUUCUAUUAAAAUGGAAGCGGAUGCUCACAGCUCUCCUAGAGACAAAGCAGAAGAACAGACCAUUCACACUUUCUCAAAUCUUCCUGCAACUCAUCCAUCAUUUUUUAAUUGUGUGCUAUAUGGUUUACCCAACAUAAUUAUUAUGUAAUUUGUGUCAGACUUUUUGUACUAAGAAUACCACUACACUGUGCGUAGGGCACACUUUGCAUUUAAAGGUGUGGCAGAUACUUAUUUCUAUAUGGCCCAAGGAGAGGUGAGCUUAAGAAAAUGUAUGUUUUGCUGAUAGACUGAUUUCUGUUUCAGAUGUAAACAGUUUGAUAUUAGAAUAAGUGUCAGGAAAAUAUCAAAGAACAUUUAUUUUAGAGGUUUCAGUACUCUAAGGUUUUCUGAACUUGGUGAAUCCCAUAAAAGAAUUUCGUGAGUACCAACACAUCUUAAAGGAAAUUAGGCUGAUAUUUUUGGGCAUUGAUGCAUGAGUGGAAUUGGAAUGUAUCAUUGUCAGUACUUCCAUUUGGAAAAACUUUUCCUUGAUGUAUUUUAUUUUUACAUGGAAGAUUUAUCAGGAGAACAACUGAAAAAUUUACCAAGUCACCUUAUUCUGAGUGAAAUUAUUUUAAAUUUUUAUAUAGCGGUAGUUGUAGUUUAAUUUGGAAAAAAGGUAGUAUUACAUAAAAUGUUUAAUAAGUUUUGCUUUCUUUAUUUCCCUAUAGUUUUUCUGAAUAACAUGUGAAGAUACAUUAAAUUAUUCCAAAAUCCCAAAUAAGAUUAUUACCUGUAUAGAUUUUGUCACAUGCUGUUAAUCAGCAAUGCAUUUUUAAAAUACAUACUUUAAAACUUUAUUUGUAAUGAUAACAGUAGAAAUAAAUGUAAAAUAAUUUAGCACUUAUGGAAAAUACAAACCUUUGAUCAUUAUUGCAACUAAAACCAUUUUAAGACUCUUUUUUUUCCACUAAAAUGGUGAUGUCUGUUUCCUGUGAUGAUACAUUUUUUGUGUUCCUGGUAGAGCAUUAAAAUGGCACUGAAAAGA